AUGGCGAGAUCACCGCCGCGAUGGAAGCUUGUCCCCCUGCUGGCCGUGGUGCUGGCCCUCAUCCUAUGCGUGGCCGUUGCGCCCGCCCAUGCCGCCUCAGAACCGCGUCCAUCUGCCAAAUCACAAGAGCAGGCAGAACUCAUAUGCCACACUUCAGACCUCAAAGACUGCUAUCCGCGCGUCUUCCAGCCCACGGAUGAGUUCCAGACGGUUCACGACGACCAGGAGUUGCCCAAUGGCCUCCAUGUGAGGCUCAACAUCUGGACGGGCAAGAAAGAGGCCAAGAUCAACGUCCCUGGCGAAGGAGACCCCUCGUUGGAGGGGCUACCCGUCGACCAGGCCGUCGUGGUGGUCGACCCGGACCAGUCAGCAGACUACGCUGCUCCCAAGAUUCCCCAUAACGCACCGCGGUACGAGCCCGUGGGUAAAGUCAAGGAGCCCAAGCACGAAGCCGAGGGGUUCGCCGGGGGCAUGAAGAUGCUCAAGGAUGGUGUCGCAUCAAACGGCCAAGCCUUUGACGAGGCGCUGGAGGGUCUCGAGGACCUGUCUCACGACAUAUACUACGGGCUCAAGAUCGCGGAGGAUCCUGACGUCGUCAAGUCCCUGUUCUGCCUCAUGACGAGCGAGGUGCCUUCGGUCGACCCGCGCUUCACCCCGCGCGACCAGCAGGCCGCGUCCAUCCUGGCCAGCGCGCUGCAAAACAACCCCCCGGCCCUGACGCAGGUGACCAAGGACUGGGCGAAGCUCACGGGCGGCAAGUGCCCCGGCGCGGACAAGACUCUCGGCGAGGCCAUUUACAGGAGCUUCGUCCCGUCCCGCAACGCCGACGCCUCCGGUGCGAAGCAAUCGGCGGCGCGCGCCAAGGCCAAGGUCUCGGUCGUCAACGGCCUCAUCAAGGACGCCGCCGUCAGGAAGGACUUCCUCACCAAGGGCGGCAUGGAAGGGCUCCUCGAGGUGCUGGUUCCCGAAGAGGUCGAGUGGGCGGCGGCGCAGCGCAAGGCCGGGCAGCUGGCGCUCGACAACUUUCUCGACGAGGACAUGGGCGCCGAGCUGGGCCAGUGGCCGCUGGGCCCGAGGCUGGCCGACGAGCAGUGCCGCGACAGCGGCAUGGGCGGCGGCGAGGGGUGCUGGGACUACCGCGUCGCGCGCAUCAUGAAGGCCAACAAGGGGAACAAGAACCACUGGAGCAGGGACCUCCACGACCGGCUCACGGCGGCGAGGAAACGGGCGAGCGCCUCCCCGCGGCGCCACGAGGAGCUGUAG